AUGGGAGAUGAGGCCGGUGCAGCUGCACCAGAUGCAGGAGGACCAGCUGAGGAGGGAUCAAACCCAUGGGCAUUGCCUGCAGCGCCUGCAUCAGCCCCUGUGCAGCCAGCACAGCCUGUUCCAAUGGCUGCAACUCCAACAAAGCUGGCCUCUGCGCCUGCAAAGGCACAGACGCCUGGCGCCUUCUCUCCCAGCAAGGAGCCAGACGCGCCGCAGCUGCUGCAGAGGCUUAAGGAUGACAUCCUGAAGAAAGGUGGCAAAUGGGAUGAUCGAUGGAGGGUGGAGAGCAAAAUGCGCACCAGCGGCAACACAGCUGGGACCUGGGACUCGGUUGUCAAGAUGCUCGGCUUGGACGGGGACAACAAGAAGCUGUCCAGGGAGGAGGCUGUGCGCCGGGCCACAGCUCUGCCCAAGCCAGAGCUGCCCUUGCAGCUUGAUGACGGCAUCCGCGUCACCAGGCUUGGAGCCAUCGACGCGCGGCAGGCCUAUCACUCAGCCAUGCAGCUGUGGCCGGUGGGAUACGAGGCGAAGAGGGCCGCGCACAAAGACUGCAUCCUCAGAAGCAGCAUAGCAGACGGCGGCGACAGAGGACCGCUCUUCACUGUCGCCCUUGUGCCGAUAGAGGCGGGGCAAGAGCCUGCGGUGCUUGCAAGCGAGAGGGACGCAGACACUGCUUGGAGCAAGGUGGCGGCCCUACAGCAGACCGCAUCCAAGAAGCCAGCCAAGCCCAAAAAGCCGGCACCCUCUCCCGCCACAGCCGCUCCCACUGACAUGGACAUAGAUGGCGGGGAUGGUGCAAAGGAGCCUGCCAAAGAAGAUUUGUCCAAUGGGCAUGCGCCAGCUGUGCAAGAGCCAGAUCAGGCAGCAGUGGGGGCCCCGCCACGUCAGCCCUCUAUAGCGGACAAGCUGGCAGCCGCAGCUGCGCGGCCAUUCGAGCCGGUGCCUGUUCAGGCGCAACCCAAAUCCAAGCCUGAUUCGGCAGCUGCAGAUACCCCAGCAGAGGCGCCGAUUAUGCUCCCCAACGGACAGCCGAUGCCUGAAACUGUCAAGGCGUUGCUCGCGCGCAUCGAGCCCCUUGCGGGCGUCUGGGGUACGGAGCAGUACGGGCUAGCGGAUGCCAGGGUCGUCAAAGCGCUGGAGGGGUUGGAAGGCGCGGAGAACUGCGCUGGCUACGGCUUUGUGGAGCAGCGCGGCACCUGGGCAGCCGAGAUCAAGCGCCUGGAGAAAGAGCUGGGCGCGCACAGCAAGCACAAGCAGCGGGCCAGCAAGGUGGCCAAGAAGAAGGAGGCUGACAAGGCGGAGAAGGCUGAGAGGGAACGCGCGCGACAGGAGGCCCUGAUGGCCAAGGCCGUCAAACGCGCGCGCCACACCGAAGCCAAGAAGGCCUCUGCAAAAGGCUCUACCCCUGCAGACGCCGCCACAAACGGCGAAGAGCCUCCCGCCAAACGGAAGAAGCCGUCGCAGCCGCCGUCCGGCAAAGCCAAGGGGCCGUCAGCGGAUGACAUGCUGGCGCUGCUGCAUCAGGAACCCAGCAAGCGAGGGCCCCAGACGACCGAGGGGGUCGUGGCAAGAGUCAUGCGCCGAAUGCUCGACCAGGUGGACAGGUGGGCAGAGAAGGAUGCACAGAAGGAGGAGAGGCAGCGCCAGAAGAGGCUGGAGAGGGAGGCCGCCCACAACGAGAGGAUGGCGCAGCAGCAGAAAGCACAGGAGGCAUUUACUCAGGCGCCUCUGAGGCUGGUGGACAUUGAAGAUUCUCGCCUGCCCAACGCCAACCUGCAGCCGCCAGCUGCCGCCGCAGUGGCCAAGGGAUUACUCCCUGCCUCAACCAUCUCAGGCGUGGUGGAGUUGUGGGCCUUCCUGGGGCGCUUCUCUGAGCUGAUUGGUCUGGAGCGCGUUCCCUCCAUCGCUGAGCUGGAGGCCGACCUGGCAGCGCCCAGCGCGCCCAGGAGCAUCACCACCUCUGCACUGAUGCAGCUCGUGCAGCUGGUGGCAACAGAGGUCUUUGAUUCAGCACUGGACGUCGCCCGAGAGAUCGACCCUGACCUCAUCAAGCUGCCCCUCAGCGGUGCGCAGCCCUCCAUCCGCGAAGACACCUGGGUCGAGGUGGCGCGGCGGCUGUUCUUGCUGGCGGGAGCGGCCGAACUGGUGGCGGCCGGCGACGGCAGCGGCGGCCUGGACAUAGCGCUGGGGCCCACGCUCGGCAGCAGUCCUCUCGGCGCCCUCGGCCCCUCCAUGAUCCUGCCGGGGCUUGUCGCUGGGCCGUCCACCCUUGACCCCCGCCUCACUCCCGCUGCUUUGCCCCUGGGCGCGUGCACAAAGGCCCCGCAGGCGAUCCUGGCGCGGCACGAUGGCCGGUCGCGCGCGCAUGCAGCGCGGCUGCUGGCCGCCAGCGCAGCGCACGAGUCCGAUGCGGAUCUGGUGGCGGCCGAGGCCGAGCAUCUGACGCGUUCCCUCCGGCGCAUCCUGCUGCAGAUCACCCUCAUCAAGGGCCCCCGGGAUGCUUCUGGCGCGCAUAGCAGCGGCUCGGUGCUGUGCUUUGAGGGCACUGCCGCCGCCGCGGCCGCCAAGAUACCGCGGCCUCUCGACCUCAUGCUUAUUGCUGCUCGCCUCGAUGCAGGCUACUACACGGCAGUUGGGGACGAGGGACUGGACGUCUUUGCGGCGGACGUGACAGCCGUUCUCGACAACUUCAGAGCGGCUGCCAAGCGGCCGGGCCUGGAAGUUGCCGCGCGGCUGGCCGAGCGCAAGGGCGCUGACGUGGCGGAGCUGGCGCUGGUCACGCUGCGUUCCCUCCUCGAGCAGCACCGCUCCAAGCAGGGCGCCGUCGCCCCGGGUCCAAAGGGCAAGCAGGCUGACAAAGCGGCCAAGGGCAAGGCAGGCGAUACCGAGGAGGCUCCAGAGGCGGCUGAUGAGGAUCGACGGGAUCGCACAAUUGUGGACGACCUCAGCAGGCCGUUUGUGCCGUGGGAGGGCUGCGCUGCCUGCUGGUCCAACGACGACCACCGCAACAUACUGCUGUGCGACGGCUGCGAUUUGGAAUUCCACCACUACUGCGUCGUGCCGCCCCUGCCAGACAUCCCCUCUGGUGAAUGGUUCUGCCCGGCAUGUGUUAGGGCGAGCAGUGAAGCCGGGCAGAAGCCGGGCAGCGCAGCAGAGGGGGUGCCGCCACCGCACCCAGCCGUGCAGAGCAGCGAGUUCCAAAAAGCUGCCGAGCUUCUGGGCACGACAGAAUAUGCUGAUCUGACCUCGGUGCAGCGGGUGGAGGUGGCCCGGCUGCUGCUGAGCCUGGCCAGCGCCAGUGCGCUGAUCAGGGACGAGCUGGAGGAGGACGCCGACAGGAAGAAGGCUCUGCGCCGUGAGCUCAACGACCUGCGCAUCAAGAUCCGUAGGGAGGCACAUGAGCGGGACGAGCGUGACAAGGCGGAGAGGGCGCAGCGCGAGGCGGCAGAGGCCAAGAAGGGCGCCACCAAAGGGAACGCCUCUGGCAAGGAGGCCAAAAAUGAGGACAUCCCUGCUGCACUGCUCGUGGACGACAGCGUCAAGAUGACACGGGCGAGGGAGGCUGAGCUGGCGGAGGCUGCCAGGGACGCGCAGCGAGAGAGGGAGAUAUUGGAAGAGCUGGAGACGGUCGGCCGGUCGCGCUGCGAGGCGCUCGGCUUUGACCGGCACUGGAACCGCUACUGGCUGCUCGGUGGAUGGGACGACAACAAGGGCGGGACGGUGUAUGUGGAGAGGAGCCUCUCUGGAGCGUCGCCGAGGGACGAUGUGCAUGCGUCAGGCGCUGCCGAGCCUGAACAGGCGCCCGGGGGCGAUAAUGCAACAUGGGGUUGCUACACCGGGGGCGCCGCUAUUGAUGCGCUGCUGGCCUUCCUCAACCCUGUGGGCCUGCGUGAGAACGCCCUCAGAAGGGCCCUGCAAAGGGUGCGGCCGACACUGGCAGAACCUGCGCCAGCACACACCAAGGAAGCAGCGGCCAAGUCAGCCGAGGCCGGGCCGAAGCCAGAGCAGCAAGAGGCUCCUGCAGCGCCAAAGGACGAGGAGCCUGUGACCAAACCCAGCGCGGCAGCGGCUACAGACCAGAAGCCGGGGACCAACCAGGCAGCUGCUGCACCAGAGGAAGCUGCCGAGCCGCGCCAGGUCAUCGUUGAGUCAGCGGCCCAGGGGAUCGCCCCCGCCAGCGAGACGCAGAUGCCCGAAAACACAGGGGAGCCCAUGGAGAUAGAUGGUCAUGCCGAAGUCACAGCAGUUGCCAGCAAGGCAGAGCCUGUUGCAGACACCAAACCGUUAGACCCACGCACAGCGGAUCUGCGCAAGCUGGCGGGGGAGAUAUUGGCGUUCGAGGAGGGGCCGGCGUCGGAUGCACUGGACACAGGGGGGCCCACUUGGCCGUAUGACCGCAGGCGGCGGUGGCGCGCCCUCCUGGAAACUACCACCCAGCCGCCAGAGAUCAUGGCGGCGCUGCUCGUGCUGGAGAGCGCACUGAAGCCGGAGAGGCUGAAGCCCUUCUGGCUGCUGUGGGCCUUCCCUGCUCCCAACCCAGACUUAGCAGGCACAAUACCGGCGGUGCGGCUGCGGCUGCUGGCGCUAAAGAGCGCACUGAAGCGCGGCGGCGGCGGAGCCGCGGCUGCCGCCGCGCCGAGGGAGGCGGCCGCCGCGCCGGCCCGGCACGGCCGCGCGCUGCGCGAACGCGGCCGGCCGGCCGGGGCCGUCGCGCGGCUACAGGCGGUCGACGCCGGUACCGACGAAUCCGAGGCGGACGCGCCGCGCGCAGCCGCGCGCAAGCGCACUUCCCACCGGCCCACUGGACGGGAGCUGGCGGACGAGGAGCUGGCGAGGAAGCUGCAGGCGGAGGAGAAUGCGAGGUCAUCCCGGCGCUCGGACCGCGCCAGCCGCCUGGCAGCCGCCAGCGACCGCGCCCGCCGCUCCACCCGCUCCGCCGCAGCCGUCGUCGACGCCAGCAGCGAGGAGGACAGCGACAGCGAUGCCCCCCGGAGGCGAAGGACCAGGCACGUUGCAAGGGAGGGUCCAGUGGACCCCUACCGGCGCACCAGGGGCGCCAGAGCCGUGUUGGCGGACGACCAGGGCGGCUCGGAGGAGGAGGCACCGCCGCGUAAGACGCGCGCAGCCCUGCAGCACCUGGAAGCUGCCCGGAAGGGGCGGGCAGCCGCCGCUGACACCAGCGAUGACAGCAGCGAGUCGGACGACGAUGAGCGGCCGACCACACGCGUCAUUGAGGGCCGCAGGCGCCUGCGCAAGAGAGCCUGAGGGGCGUGUGGAAAUUCCUGCGAGUGUGUGCUUUGCAAAGGCGCAAUCAGAUUGUAUUAACUCCUGCCCUUUGUAAGAGGGCAUGAGCGGGAUCCUAGGCUUGCAAGUGUGUGCCUCUGAAUGGCAUUUGCGCAGGAAACAACUCCAUGCACUAUUUUCUUUGUUGGAGGGCGGCGGAAGCAGGUGUGAGAAAGGGCGUCGUCAGAAGCGGAGAGGAAUGCACUUGGUUGACCUGCAGAUGCAAAAGAAAGAUUUUAAAAGCUUGAAUGCAUGUUGAUGUCUGUGGUGUCUCGAAAAGCAGGGCAGCUACAAGCUUGAGUGCCUGCAGCGCUGCGCCAAUUAAUUUGAAGGUAUACAGAGUUUCUUGCAUCAUAAUCAGCUAUAGCUUGCCAAUUGGUGCUGUCUGCGCUGAAUUCUUUGUGGAUCAUCUUUGUGUCACUGUGCACCGUUGUUUUCCAAGCUCAAUGUUGCUUAAUCUGCGGAUUUGUCAGCAUGGGAGCUC